AUGGAUUUGUAUAUGAGAUGUAUAUAGAGAAAAAAUUUUAAGGCUAGUCUUUUAAUGGAUAGUGUACUGCAAUUCAGGCAAGUAUUAUUUAAUGGAUGAAAUAUUAAUAAAUUAUUAAUUAGAUGGAAAAGUGUUGGUUUAAUAUUAAAUUGAGGAGUGUUUCAUGA